CUCCAGGUUGUGCAGCUGCCAGCCACGCAGUAUCUCAGCAAAGUAUCGAGAGCGACGCUCUCUCUUCCCCACACAUUCCAAAGUCACCAUCUCUAUCCCGAACUGCUCUGGCAAAGUUCACUAGCUGCAUUCGUUGUUUGACACAUUUCACCACCUGUGUCUGCUGGGCCCACAUUCCAUAGAGCCCGCCCGUCAUGGCGCCUCACCCCGAACUCGAGGCCGACACCCAAGCACAGGCGCUCUCGCCUCUGGCCACCCGUGCCCUACACCUGGCCCAAUCACUCGCAAAGCGCGAUGAAUACAACAAUCUUGCAGCAGCGGGCGCGCGGCCAGCCCAAGACCUGGCUGGCCCAGGGUUCCAAGUGCUGUUCGCCCUUAUCGGCGUGGGCAUGACCCUCACAGCCAUCUGGUUCUUCAUGUGGGCCAAGAACGGGGGGUUCAAAUGGAAGAAGGACGACUGGGAGGACUACAAAUCGACUGUCCUGCGCCGCAAGGGACCAGACGGCAGGACUCUUUCCAACGCUACCAAGAGCACCAGGCUGGGUGGAGGCAGUGUCGUGCACGGCGGCAGCUAUGGCGCCCCCACCAGCGUUGGCUACACUGACGAGACUGCUACCAGCGCAGACAUGAGCGAGAUCCGCGACGCUGAAGAGGGCAAAUCACGCCAUGGCCUUAGGGGUGGUGAUGGCAGACGUCACAAGAAGCAUCGCCGCGACCACACCAACGACUACAACGACCCUGACCUCGAUGGAUACCGUCACGAGAAGGCUGCCCGUGUUGGAGGCCUCAACCGUCAAGCUGAUGGCAUGUACACCGACUACUCUCCCACUGAACCCUCCGACCUGGGCUCCAACGUCUCCGGCAAACCGCUCGUGAAGAAAGACAAGAGGGAUCCUAAGAAGGAAGCCAAGGAGAAGGAGCGUCGUGCCCGCGAACGCAUGAAGAACGCCAAAGCGGCCGAAAAGGAAGCCCUCAAGACCGCCGCCGCCCAAGCUAAAGCCCGCAAGGAAGCCGAGAAGGCAGAGGCCAAACGCGAGAAGGCCGAGCAGAAGAAGGCAAAGAAGGCAGGCUCUGAAGUCGGUUCCGAGAUGCCAGAAAUGGUCGAAACCCGCACCGAAUACACACGCACCUUCACUGAGUACACCGCACCUUCUGAAUACGACCGCUCCGAGACCCGCGACUUCGCUCCUCCGCCGCCCAAGUCCCCCGUCAAGUCCCCCGCCAAGUCCCCCGUCAAGUCCUCCUCGCCAGCCAAAGCUCCUUCGAACGCUCGUCGCGCACCUCCCUCCGCAGCAUACUCUUUCACCACUGGUGACGACGACGCAAACACCGUCUACACUGGCGCCUACACUGAAGCAACGGACGACCGCACAGCCGCCGAGUCCUCAUACUACUCUGACUACCGCCCCAAGGCCGAGCGCUCGCAGGCACGCCAGCAGUCGCGGGACCGCACUUCGCAGUCUCGUCCUCGCCCGCAAGGAUCUCGCAGCCGCCCUACUUCUCAGUCGCCGCAGAAGAAGCACCGCAGCUCCAGGACUGCCAACUCUUACGCACCUUCUGACAUCUUCACAACUGCUAACGGCGGGACCCAGGGCCACAUGUCCUACCCCUGCCACAUUCCCGGCCUCAGCCAGGCAGGCAGUGUUGGCGUAAGCGAGAGUGUGAGCCAGGUCGGUGGACCGAGCAGCCACCGCCGCGAACGUGAGCGUGGUAGCCGCGACGUCAUGGCCGGCUACAGGCGUGGCGGAGAGCGAGGACGUCGUGACUCUCUGAGUGACAGCGACUCGUAGAUGUUUGAUUCAGGGAGGAUCAAAGAUGAUAUUGCAUGACCGGCGUUUUGGGUUUUGGAUACAGCAAGCGAACGACUAUUGAAUGAGAUUGUACAGUGUACAGAUGAGCGAUGGAUACCAGGACUGGGUGGAUAAUGGAGGGACGACGUAUAUAGAUACCUCAAUGAACACUAUCACGAGA